AUGCGGGAGGCACGGUUCAGGGACCACUUCUGGAGUACGGAUCUGACGAGCACAGUUGGCUACGACAGCAUCAUUCAACAUCUGAAUGAUGGCAGGAAGAACUGCAAAGAGUUUGAAGACUUUUUGAAGGAAAGGGCAAUUAUAGAAGAAAAAUAUGGCAAAGAGCUCAUUAACUUGUCGAAGAAGAAGCCCUGUGGGCAGAUAGAGCUGAACACGCUGAAGAGAUCCCUGGAUGUUUUCAAGCAACAGGUAGACAAUGUGGGACAAGGUCACAUCCAGCUGGCGCAAACCCUUCGGGAGGAAGCAAAGAAAAUGGAGGACUUCAGGGAAAAGCAAAAACUGCAUCGGAAAAAGAUAGAGCUGAUAAUGGAGGCGAUUCACAAAAACAGGAAUUUGCAGUACAAGAAGACGAUGGAGGCCAAGCGGCUCUACGAGCAGCGCUGCAGGGAUAAGGACGAAGCGGAACAGGCUGUGCACCGCAACGCAAACCUGGUGACGCAGAAGCAGCAGGAGAAGCUGUUCCUGAAGCUGGCUCAGACAAAAUCAGCUCUGGAGGACUCUGACAGGAGUUACCAGCAGAGCGUUACCACACUGGAGAAGAUCCGGGAAGAAUGGCAGAAAGAGCACAUCAAAGCUUGCGAGUUCUUUGAGACUCAGGAGUGCGAGCGCAUCAACUACUUCCGCAAUGCCCUCUGGCUUCAUGUCAACCAGCUCUCCCAGGACUGCGUCCAGAAUGACGAGAAAUACGAGGAAAUCCGCAAGAGUUUAGAAAUGUGCAGCAUUGAGAAGGAUAUUGAUUUUUUUGUAAAUUUACGCAAAACUGGAAAUUUGGCCCCAGCUCCUGUUGUUUAUGAAAACUACUAUAAUACACAGAGAAAUGCAACUCCUGUGAGAAGUCCGGUUCCUGUACCUAUAUCAAGGAGGGGACCUCUACCCACCCCGACCAGCGCGCCAGGUGAGCCCGAUUACGCCACAGUUGACGGCUACAGCUUGAUACAUCACUAACAGCCACAGUUCUCCAGGCAGAAGACACUGUUGGUUUGGCCA